AUGGAGAGAUGGGCUGCUACAACAGGUUUUCGUUUCUCCAGCGAUAAGACCAAAUACCUUAUAUUUAGCAAAUCUAGACGCACCAGUGACAAUAUCGUACUCUCUCUGAACAGCACCAGAUUUCAGAAAGUUGACAGUAUAGUUUUUCUUGGGAUGACACUUGAUUCGAAACUGAAGUGGGAUCUACAUAUAACAAAAUUAAUAUCAUCGUGUCAAAAACGUUUGAACCUUAUUAAAGUCUUAGCAAAUACCUUUUGGGGAAGUGACUUCUUAUCACUAAUGGGAGUAUAUCGCGCUAUAUUAAGAAGCAAAAUCGACUAUGACAGUAUAUGCUAUACAACCGCAAGUAAAAAUUCGCUAAAAAAACUUGACGUUUUACAACACAAAGCAAUACGACUGGCAUAUGGCUUACUAAGAACUUCACCGGUGGAAAGCAUCCAUGUCGUAGCCAAUGAGCCCCCGUUACCCCUUCGAAGAGAAUACGUUGCCCUACGCUAUGCCGCCAAAAUUUCAAGCCUACCAGACAAUCCUGCUCACCACAUUACUGUCAAGUGUUCUUCCAGAGGAUUAUACAGCAACUACAGAGACUGUCCAAUAUCAGAGCGUAUUAUUCGCACCGACUUCAACCUAAACAAUCUUCAGAACACGUACUCAUAUUCGUUAUAUUCUCCCCCAUGGACAAUGCGCCUAACCGAUAUUAAUACAUCGCUUAACUGUUACACCAAAAGAGAAACCAAUCAUAUAGUCAUCCAAAAUAAAUACAGAGAAGUAAUUGAACACUACAAAAACCAUAUGUUCAUCUUUACCGAUGCUUCGAAGUCGCGAAAUGGAGUGGGAUGUGCAGCAAUUCAAGAAAACAACAAGAAAACAGCAUAUCUCCCUUAUCACAGCAGCAUCUUUACCGGAGAGCUAACUGCUAUCAACCAAUGGAACAAUAGCACCACCAAACUGCGGGAGGCUAUUUCAAGUGUGACGGAACACCUCAGUCUGCCCAGAAGAAGACGCGACCAAGUGAUUAUCUCCCGUUUGCUAAUUGGUCAUACGCUAGUGACACAUAAAUACCUGUUCAGCAACCAAGAAGCUCCAACAUGCCAAACCUGCCAACUCCCAGACUGCAGACUUACCGUGAAGCAUAUACUCUUAGAGUGCACUGCCACGCAAGAUGCACGAAACCAUGCUUGCAUGCCAGAAUCCAUAAAGGAAGCCCUCACCACGUACUACGAACGAACACUACCAUUUCUCAAAGAAUCCAAAUGGUGCGAAAUUACGUUCGUAAAACCGUUGGACGGAAGAGCAGAUGAAGAACGCUGUUUUAGCUGUAGUGGAAAAUAA